CAUUUUGAUUGACGUCUGCUUGUCCCAUGCGUUCGCUGGCUACAUAGCAAUUACUGCGUCUCAUUUUUCGUAGGUUGUAUGAUAUUAACUCGUGAAACUGUUUUCAAAAUAAUGGAACCUCCGCGGCAGCCAAGAGACAUGCAAGGGCUUUUGAGGUUUGCUAUUGAAGGCACGGCUUCUGAAGAUCGAACAACUAUGACAUCCAUGACUGAUGAAAGAAGGCGCUGGUUGGAAGAAGCUCUGAGGGGGCUAUCAGUGGAUGUAGUAGCUGAAAUCUCCAAAUCAUUAAAUAUUCUCAAUCCAGAUCGAGUAGAGAGUCCGGAAGAAGAUCCAGGAGAAAUGGAAGAAGCACUUGAAAUGAUUACUGAUUUUGUCGAUUCGAUGGACACAGCCAAUGAUUUUCACAAGAUCGGAGGAUUCUUUAUCCUCAUUCCCUGCUUGAACUCUCCUCAUGAUGGAGUUCGUUGGCGAUGCUGCCAGUUGAUUGGCACCAUAACUCAGAACAACCCAUACUGCCAGCAGCAAGUGCUUAAAGAAGAUCUGCUACCCAUUUUGCUUAAGAUGCUGGAGAAUGAUGAUUGUGAAGAAGCACGAGUCAAGGCACUGUUUGCCAUUUCAUGUUUGACAAGAGAAUGUCCAGAAGCUCAGGAUGCAUUUGUCAACUGUGACGGAUUUUCAUCUCUAUUGAGGGCACUACAGUCAUCAGUUGGAAAAUUGAAAAUUAAGGCAUCAUUCAUGCUAACUUGUUUAUGUAAUGAAGAUCCAUCAUUCAAAGACACCUUGUGUAACAUGGGAUUCGUCGAGCAGUUCGUGGCUCUCUUGCAAAGAGAUCACGAUUCAACACACGAACAUCUUCUGGCCGCUUUACUAGCUCUUACGCAAGGCCACCCGCCAUCGAUAGAAGAGUGUCGCAGGUCAGAAUUUCUAUUACGCGAAUUUCUGGACAAUCGUAUUGAGUUGAUCAAAGAUCGGGAUGAAUGUCUGGAAGAAACCGAAUAUUGUCGCACGUUAUUAUCGGUAAUCUUUAAGGAGGAUAUUGUUGAAGACAGAUGAAUUUUUCAGAUCAGGUGGUUAUAGAAAGAGAAUUAAAGAGGCUGGUAAUAUGGAGGCGCAAUACACCGAACGUCCUUUUUGUUA